AUGUCCGCCACGUCUGUUAACGUAUUUACUGUUGCUGGCUCUCUACAGGCUGGACAUCGUGACGGGGCAGGAAGAGAUGCUCUAUUCUACAAUCCACUUGGCUUGGCCUUUACAACUAGCGGUGAUAUAAUAGUAGCAGACUUCUCUAAUCAUUGUAUCCGUAAGGUGACGUUACCUAGAGGAGACGACAUAUCCUCACACGUAGAAACGAUUGCUGGAGUUGCUGGCCAGGAUGGCUACAGAGAUGGGACUGCAGAUCAAGCUUUGUUUGACAAGCCCUCUUCAGUGGCUGUGGGAGCGGACGACACUAUCUACGUGACAGACAGGGAAAAUACUAGAAUCAGAACGGUGGAUGGGUGUGGCACAGUGAAAACAUUGGCUGGAUCAGGAGACAAAGGAUUAGUUGAUGGGCAGGGAAGGUCUGCUACUUUUACAGAAUUGAAAGAUAUUACUCAAUCAGCAAACAAAUCCAUCUUCUACAUCACUGACCACCACUGUACUCGUACGAUAGAUGUAGAUGGUAAUGUCAUUACUAUUGCAGGACAACAAGGAGCAGCAUGCAGAAGUGGAGAUGAUGAGACAUUGUAUGUUGCUGACUUUAAUAACCAUGCAGUGAGAGAAGUAUCACUCAACAGUAGAAAUGUUAGAACAAUUGCUGGUGGCAAAGGUGCAGGGUCUUGCGAUGGAGCAACAGAAGAGGCCACACUAUUCCAACCGGUUGGAAUUACUAUUGACAGCAAAGGUUGCAUCUUUGUGUGUGAUAAUGGAAAUCAUAAGAUUAGAAUAAUUUCCUCUACCAUGGAGACAAUGACUACUCUAGUGGGAUGUGGUGAGAAAGGUUUAGUAGAUGGCAAUGGUGAGGAAGUAAAACUAAACUAUCCGCGUUGUCUUCUUCUGAACGAGUCAACCCAUACACUUUACUUUACACAGCAACAUUGCAUUCGUAAAGUUGAUCUCCAACAGUAUUUUAUUCCACCACUACCAAACUUGGAUGUAUCAUUGGGUGAAGAUCAGAUGUUUCUUGUAGACAACAAGGAUUUGGCAGAUGUUGUGUUCCAAGUUGAAGACAAACAAAUCUUUGCUUGUAAAUGUGUUCUAAUCGCUCGCAAUUCUUAUUUUUCUUGUCUUUUCUCAUCUGGAAUGAAGGAAUCCCAUCCUUCAGGUGAUGGACACGUGACCACAAUUGCAAUCCAAGAUGCAAGCUAUGAUGCUUUUCGAGCUCUCAUUGUGUAUCUCAUCACAGACAAGGUGAGUGUGGAUGUGAAUGACUGGAAGAUGGUAUGUCAACUUCUCAUUCUUUCUGAUCGCUUUCUGGUUUCCAAACUGAAGAGUUACUGUGAACAGAUUGUGGCAAGACACAUUAGAGUAGAGAAUGCAGUUGAAGUUCUGUGUUUGUCAGACACUCACAACAUUCCACUGCUGAAAGAACAAGCCAUCACAUUUAUAUGCAAUCAUCUUGAUGUGAUGAAAGGAAGGGCUGAAAUGGAGCAACUGUCAUCUUCUUUACUUUUAGAAAUUAUUCAAAAAUAACAAUCUGAUUUGACAUGUUGUUGUGUUUUUAUUGUUAUUGUUGAAUUUAUUUUAAUGCAUUUAUUUGUUAUUGGGUGUUUCAGUAGCUACAGACAAUCAUACAUGUACUGCAUGUGAUGGCAUGUC